UGCUGCGGGGAGUAUAACCAGACCUUGAGACACCUGGCGGAAGUAGAAGCAGACAGCUUAAGAGGCUAGCAGCGUUAGCUUAAAUGGUUUCUUUUGUUUUUAGCGAUGUCCGCUAAAUACCUUCAGUUUCUCUAGAAACAAUAUAUUUGCUUUAUCAUCAGAGAGCGACUAGCUUCUCCAAAAAAUCUCCUGUAACAUCCUCCAUGAUGGGAAGAAGAGAAGAGAUCGAUGGUCAUCUUACAACCUUGUGACCUGCCACAAAUACACUGCUCACUUAAAAAGAAAUGUAUACGAGCAAGUUCAACUGAACAGCCGUCAGCAGACCAUGGGGUUUUCCCCUCGUCUUCCAGAGAAGAUGCCUGAUUCUUGGCUCACCACAUUGUCUACCCUUUGAUUCAACUACUAAGUGAAAGGAUCCCUGAUACCUGAAGUAUCGUGCAACACUAAUGAGUAACAGAAAAGGUCUUCUACGGCAACAUGUCUGUUACUACAUGGGAGGUUGACUCUGAUAACUUUCUCAUAACCAGAGAGGGGAGCACUCUUCUUGAUCAGAAUAUAUCUGACCAAGUAGAGUCGAAAGAGGGACUGGAGAAACCGAUACCAACAAAGAUGACUGAAACAAAAGAGGAACCAGAACCUCAAUCAAUUUAUGAAAAGCAGAUCGAAAUGUCCAUCUUUCAGAAUGAAGAGAUGCUUUUAGUGAAGCAAGAGACAGACGCAUCCAUAGUGACUUCUUGUUAUGAGGAGUUAUUCCACAAUGGACACGAACCACAGUCGAAGAUGGAGAUAAAGGAGGAGCCAAAACCUUUACAAAUUAAAAUGGAACAGAGAGAAAUGGAGUUAAAGCAGAUGAUUGAAACUAAAGGUGAACCAGAACCUUGGCCAAUUACAGAACAGGACCUCUUCGUCUUUCAGGAUGCAGCGCCACCCUUUGUGAAGCAAGAGUCUGAUUACUUCACUAUGAGUCUUGUUGAUCAGAAAGACUCCAGUGAACCGGAACCAAUCAUGAAUCGUCUAAUCAGCUCAACCGUCCUCGAAGCUCAGAACCAACAUCAGCAAGGAAUCCAUCAGCAGGUCUCCAGACCAAAUAAAGAAUUGAAGACAGAGGAAAAACAAAAUAACAAUGUGGACAACUCAAAGCAGAUCAUGCAAAAAAAGAAAUUACCCUUUUGUGAAGUAUGCGGCAAAUGUUUCACUGCUUGGCCGACACUAACAGUUCACAUGAGAACUCACACUGGUGAGAAGCCCUUUUCUUGCAAAAUGUGUGAAAAAUCUUUCAUUAACAGCAGUAAUUUGAUUUGUCACAUGAGAACUCACACUGGUGAGAAACCCUUUUCAUGUGUUACCUGUGGAAAAGGAUUCCCUACAAAACCUACCCUGACUACACACAUGAUGACUCACACAGGUGAGAAGUCUGUCUCCUGUGUGACCUGUGGAAAAGGUUUUGUUAGGAAACGUGCCUUGACUGUACACAUGAGAAUCCACACUGGUGAGAAGCCAUUUGCUUGCAAAAUGUGUGAUAAAUCCUUCAACAACCUUAAUUCACUGAGAUGUCACACUAGAACUCACUCAGGUGAGAAGCCUUUCUCGUGUGUCACCUGUGGAAAAGAUUUCCUGUGGAAAAAUGCUCUAACUGUACAUAUGAGAACUCACACUGGUGAGAAACCAUACCGCUGUAAGUUGUGUGAAAAAUGUUAUCGAGACCGUAGUAGUCUAACUUGUCAUUUGAGAACUCAUACGGGUGAUAAGCCCUUUGUUUGCAAAAUGUGCGGUAAAACAUUUGUGAACAAUAGUAAUUUAAGUAGUCACAUGAAAAUUCACACAGGUCAAAAGCCUUUCCCAUGCAAUACUUGUGGAAAGACUUUCAUCAAGCAAAGUACCUUAAAUUUUCACAUAAGAACCCACACAGGUGAGAAACCUUUCUCAUGUGGGACCUGUGGCAAAGUUUUUAGCAGGAAGCCUUCCCUGAAUGCACAUAUGAGAACUCACACAGGUGAAAAGCCCUAUUCUUGUGGGUUUUGUGGUAAAUCUUACAUAUCUAAUAGUCACCUGAUUUAUCACAUGACGGGUCACAUGGGUGAGAAGUCUUACUCAUGCCUAACCUGUGGAAAAUGUUUCAUCAGGAAACGUGCCCUGACUGUACACAUGAGAACUCACACAAAUGCCAAACGUUUCUCAUGUGUGACCUGUGGAAAAGUUUUCCUUAGGAAACCUGCCUUGACUCAACACCUGAGAACUCACUCAGGUGAAAAGCCCUUCUCUUGCCUGACCUGUGGAAAAGUUUUCCGUAGGAAACCUAACCUGACGACACAUAUAAGAACUCACACGGGGGAAAGGCCCUUUGCCUGCAAAAUGUGUGAUAAAACUUUUAUUGACAAUAGUUAUUUGAGUUGUCAUAUGAAAAUCCACAAAGUCAAGCCUUUCUCUUGUCUGACCUGUGGAAAAACUUACACUAGGAAACGUGCCCUGACUGAACACAUGAGAACUCACACCGGUGAAAAGCCCUUCGCUUGCAAAAUGUGUGAUAAACGUUUCACAAACCGCAGUAGUUUGAGAUGUCACGUGAGAACUCAUACAGGAGAGAGGCCUUUUGCCUGCGGAAGUUGUGAUAAAUCUUUCAUCAACAGUAGUAGUUUGAGAUCUCACAUGACAACCCACACUCUGGAGAAGUCUUUCUCUUGUCUCACUUGUGGAAAAGCUUUCUCUACCAAAGCUGUCCUGACUACGCACAUGAGAGCUCACACAGGUGAGAAACCAUAUCAUUGUGAAUUGUGUGAAAAACGUUAUAGAGACCGUAGUAGUUUAACCAGUCACAUGAGAACUCACACGGGUGAUCGACCCUUUGCUUGCAAAAUGUGUGAAAAAACUUUCAUAAACAGUAGUAAUUUGAAUAGCCACAUCAGAAGUCAUACAGGCAAAAAGCCCCAUUCAUGCCAGAUCUGUGGAAAGAAAUUCUCCAAACCAUCAAUUCUGACUAAGCACAUGAGUACUCAUACAGAUUCAGUGUUGUAAAUUCUUUUCUGUCAGAUAUGAGCUGAGUAAAUGUUAAUUUAAGUCAUUGAUGCCUGAUUUUUUUUAUUAGGUCUAUUAAAACAAUAUUGUUUGUGUUUUGCCUUGUAAUGAUGAGAAUGAUUUUACUCUCUAUUCGGGAUAGGUCGCUAGUUAAUGACUGGGAUUGUAAACAGGCAGGAACAUUGGUUGUAUGUUCUCCCUUGCAAGGAUUAAUAAAUGCUUGAAUGAAGAA